AUGACAACUCUGGGUGGAGCUGUCCCCAGGAUGAUGCGACCAGCUCCUGGACAGAAUUAUCCUCGCAGUGGUUUUCCGUUAGAAGUCUCCACUCCUCUGGGCCAAGGCCGAGUCAAUCAGCUCGGGGGUGUUUUUAUCAAUGGCAGGCCUCUACCCAACCAUAUCCGCCACAAGAUCGUGGAGAUGGCCCAUCACGGCAUCCGGCCAUGCGUCAUCUCCCGCCAGCUCCGAGUAUCGCAUGGCUGUGUCUCCAAGAUCCUCUGCAGGUACCAGGAGACAGGCUCCAUACGGCCAGGGGCCAUUGGGGGCAGCAAACCCAAGCAGGUGACGACGCCGGAUGUUGAGAAGAAGAUCGAGGAGUACAAGCGGGAGAACGCGGGCAUGUUUAGUUGGGAGAUCCGGGACAAGUUGCUGAAGGACGGCGUGUGUGACAGAAACACCGUGCCUUCAGUGAGUUCCAUCAGCCGCAUUUUGAGAAGCAAAUUUGGGAAAGGAGAAGAAGAGGAAGGGGAGCUGGAGCGGAAGGAAGCGGAGGAGAACGAGAAAAAGGCCAAGCACAGCAUCGAUGGUAUCCUCAGCGAAAGAGCCCCAGUAACACCACAAUCAGAUGAAGGUUCUGACAUUGAUUCUGAGCCAGAUUUGCCACUGAAGAGAAAGCAGCGUCGAAGUAGAACAACUUUCACGGCAGAACAAUUAGAAGAGCUGGAGAGAGCUUUUGAGAGGACUCAUUAUCCUGACAUUUACACCAGAGAGGAACUUGCACAAAGAGCUAAACUCACUGAGGCUCGGGUUCAGGUUUGGUUUAGUAAUCGUCGAGCCAGAUGGAGGAAGCAAGCUGGGGCCAAUCAACUGAUGGCUUUCAAUCACUUGAUUCCAGGAGGUUUCCCACCCACUGCCAUGCCAACUCUGCCAACAUAUCAGUUAUCAGAAUCUUCUUAUCAGCCCACUUCUAUUCCACAAGCUGUAUCAGACCCAAGCAGUACAGUUCACCGACCUCAACCUCUUCCACCAAGCACGGUACACCAAAGCAGCCUCCCUUCGAACCCAGACAGCAGCUCUGCCUACUGCCUACCAAGCACGAGGCAUGGCUUUUCCAGCUAUACAGACAGCUUUGUACCUCCAUCCGGGCCCUCAAAUCCUAUGAACCCUGCCAUUGGCAAUGGCCUUUCACCUCAGGUAAUGGGUCUCUUAACUAACCAUGGAGGAGUCCCUCACCAGCCCCAAACUGACUACGCCUUGUCACCAUUAACUGGGGGCUUAGAGCCAACAACCACUGUGUCAGCAAGCUGUAGUCAAAGACUAGAUCAUAUGAAAAGUUUAGAUAGCCUGCCGACAUCUCAGUCAUACUGCCCACCAACAUACAGCACUACUGGUUACAGUAUGGACCCCGUCCCAGGCUAUCAGUAUGGGCAAUAUGGACAAAGUGCCUUUCAUUAUCUGAAGCCAGAUAUUGCAUAA